AUGGCGGAUUUAGAGGCCGUGCUCGCAGAUGUGAGCUAUUUAAUGGCCAUGGAAAAAAGCAAAUGUACACCAGCCGCGAGAGCGAGCAAAAAAAUAUUACUGCCGGAUCCCAGCGUGCGAAGCGUUAUGCACAAGUACCUGGAAAAAAAGGGCGAAGUUAACUUUGAUAAAAUUUUCAAUCAAAUUUUAGGUUAUCUUCUUUUUAAAGAUUUUUGUGAAAAUUGUUGCGAAGAACCUGUACCUCAAUUAAGAUUUUACGAAGAGAUUAAAGCUUAUGAAAAAUUAGAAUGCAUGGAAGAAAGGAAAAAAUUAGCCCGGGAAAUAUACGACAAUUUUAUUAUGAAAGAAUUACUGGCGCAUUCCCACGAUUAUUCUAAGGAUUCAGUCGCGCAUGUACAAAAAUUUUUGAUGAAAAAUGAAGUUCCAGUUAAUUUAUUCGAGCCUUACAUAGAAGAAAUAUUCAAUCAUUUAAGAGGGGAGCCGUUUAAGAAAUUUUUGGAAAGCGAUAAAUACACGAGAUUUUGUCAGUGGAAAAACCUAGAAUUGAACAUUCAGCUGACAAUGAACGAUUUCAGCGUUCACAGAAUAAUCGGACGAGGGGGUUUUGGAGAAGUUUACGGUUGCCGAAAAGCAGACACCGGGAAAAUGUAUGCCAUGAAAUGUCUGGAUAAAAAAAGGAUAAAAAUGAAACAGGGAGAAACUUUAGCAUUAAACGAACGUAUCAUGUUGUCCCUCGUGAGCACGGGCAUCGAUUGUCCUUUUAUUGUUUGCAUGACCUACGCCUUCCACACGCCUGACAAAUUGUUUUUCAUAUUAGAUCUCAUGAAUGGCGGAGAUCUUCAUUAUCAUUUGUCGCAACACGGAGUUUUUAACGAGCCGGAAAUGAAAUUUUACGCCGCCGAAGUCAUUUUAGGUUUGGAACACAUGCAUCGAAGGUAUAUAGUAUAUAGAGAUUUAAAACCAGCGAAUAUAUUAUUAGACGAACAUGGACACGUUCGGAUUUCAGACCUCGGUUUAGCCUGUGAUUUUUCCAAAAAGAAACCUCAUGCGAGCGUCGGAACUCAUGGAUACAUGGCGCCUGAAGUUCUAUCGAAAGGAACUGCAUACGAUUCAUCAGCCGAUUGGUUUUCCUUCGGUUGCAUGCUUUAUAAAUUACUUAAAGGUCACAGUCCUUUUAGACAACAUAAAACGAAAGACAAACACGAAAUUGAUAGAAUGACUCUGACGAUGAACGUCGAACUUCCAGAAUCGUUUUCUAGGGAUCUUAGAAGUUUGCUAGAAGGUUUACUUCAAAGAGAUGUUGAUAAAAGACUGGGAUGUAAAGGAAACGGAGCUGACGAAGUUAAAGAGCAUUCAUUUUUUAACGGUAUCGAUUGGCAGCAAGUUUAUUUACAAAAAUAUACUCCUCCUUUGAUACCACCAAGAGGAGAAGUUAAUGCGGCAGAUGCUUUUGAUAUCGGUUCGUUCGACGAAGAGGAUACAAAAGGGAUCAAGUUAACCGAAGCCGAUCAAGAUUUGUAUAAAAAUUUUCCAUUGGUUAUAUCGGAGAGGUGGCAGGGAGAAGUUGCCGAGACUGUUUUUGAAACGAUUAAUCAGGAAGCAGAUAAAGCCGAGCAAAAGAAAAAAGCAAAACAAAAGCUCAAAUUUGACGCGGAUGAAAAAGAAUCGGAUUGCAUUCUUCACGGAUAUAUAAAAAAAUUAGGAGGUCCUUUUGCAUCCGCUUGGCAAACACGAUAUGCAAAAUUGUACCCCAACAGAUUAGAGCUUCAUCCGGAAUCGGGUAACACAAAACCCGAACUCAUAUUCAUGGAUCAAAUCGAAGAUGUUAGCCCGGAUAUGGUUCAAGUGAAAAGUGAGCAAUGCAUCGUCGUAAGAACGAAAAUAGGAAAAGUCGUUUUAACGAAUCCGGACGAAAUCGGUCUCAAAGAAUGGGCUUUAUCGUUAAGAUCGGCUCAUAAACGUUCUCUAGAACUAUUAGGAAGCAUGGCAAAAAAGGCUGGUAAAAUAUAUGGAACCGAUGAAAAACAAGGAAACAAUAAAAACAUGACGAUGAUAUCAACGGGCACCAGGAACACAAAUGGAAAUUAA